CUUACACACACACAUACACCCACACUCAUACACAUACAGUCUCAGUGACGCAAAACCACUUAUGAACAGUUGACGAGUUGACAAUACACCCAGCAUCCUGUCUCUAAAGAUGGACUUUGACUAUCAAAAAAUGAAAGAUGAGGAAUCUCGUCAGAGGGAGGAGCGAAUCAGCUCUCUCCCAGCCCUACAGCCAAGACCCCUGCCUCGACCAUCUAUUGCUACAGAAACUCCAUCUGCUAUCCGUAAGCCUCCAAUAAAACCUAGACGCAGCAUCAAAUGCCGUCCCGUCACACAGCCAGGAUCAGGAGAAUCGCACAGUCAGACCAAUCAGAUGGAGAAUGAGGAACGGAAGCGAAUUGCUCCAUCUCAGGUGCUGAACCCUGCAGGGCCCCUGGAUGCUCAGACUCCAUCUCUGCAAGCUCAUAAUCUGCUGUGGUUUCAGAGAACGCAGCUGCCUCCUUGGCAGCCAAAACCCGUCUCUCUGUGGCGCCAUGGCUUUGCCACGCGCAGGGAAGCAGAGCAAGUACUGCAGGAUAAGCAGCAGGGCUGUUACCUGUUGAGGCUCAGUGAGUCGAAGGUGGGCUUUGUACUCUCUUAUAGAGGUGAAGACAAGUGCCGUCACUUCCUCAUAGAGCAAGAAUGUGAUGAGCCUGGGAUGGAAGGUUACUACAUCAUAGCUGGCGAGAACAGCAGGCAUAACAGUCUUGAGGGUCUGAUAAACUACUAUACCCACAAUCCAGUGGGGCCUUUUAAUGAAACACUCACUGUACCUUACGUGCAGACUAACGACAUCUGUGAGGAUAAGCCAAAGCUGGAAGAGAGAAACAAAGCAGAAAUAGGUGAAGAAAAAGAAGCCAGUCCACCAACUAGCAGAGAACAUACUCCGACAGCCUACACAGGAAAUGAUGUACACGCUGCCCCACAGUACGCUGUGGUGAGGAAAGUUCUGAGGAAGACUCACUCUCUAUCCGAGUGCAUAACUGUAUCUGACAUGCUGCCGCUUGUCCAAGAAAAUACAGAUAGAGGAACAAAAACUGAGAACGACACACCAGAGCAUGUGUUUGGCAACGUAGACACAUGUGUAGGAGAAGACGUGGACCACCCUGUGGAUGCACCCUAUGCACGUGUCAACAAACCCCAGCGGCCAGCAGGACCUUCCUCCGCUGCCAUCGAUGUCACUGAUGCCAAUGUAUGGGGUGCAUCAGCAGCGUCCGAUUCUCAGGCUUUCCUUAAUGCACCAGCCGCCGCAGAACAGAAAUACUGGGAACUGGAGCCUAUGCAUACUUAUGAGGAGGCUCUGCACACACGCCCUCGUGAUGAUCAGAUUGAUUUCUGCGCAGUUGGGAGGCACCGAGAAAACGCAAGGGAUGCAGCAGAUUCCCUUGCCAAUCAUGUCUACUCAGAGGUCAAUAUUAAAGGGACCAGAGAUGACCCCAUACCGGCUUCUCCGCCACUUCGGACCGGCACAGCAUUUAUUUCUACCCCAUCCUCCACAGGACCUGGUCCUAGACUGCCCCUAAGACCUGCCCGUAGACCUGUUAUACCUAGCAGCACUCAGAAUUUUGGCGUUUCAGCAAUGAGGAAUACAUCCCCUUACCAACCCGAGCAGGCGCUGGCAGAAAACUCUGAGUCAUCCAUAUACGAGCAGAUUCCAGAAAGACCAAACAGAUCCAGACCUCCAUUGCCACCUCUGAACGGCAGACGCUAACUCCAGGUCACCUCCCACUGACAUCUAACCCUUCCUACUAGCAAAUACAUCUGUUUUACACUGGAUAAGAUCGCUACUCAUAGCAUAGAAACAUAGAAAAAGAUAAAUACUGGCACGAAUAGCACACAGGAAUCAUUUCAUUUGAUUCAUAUGGUGCUGUACAUUGUAAUGCUUAACCUUAUCCUGAACUGGUCACUUUAGAAUUCAUUUUCGUUGUUUCGACACAGGUGUCUUUAACAUUGGAUCUUAUGUUUGGUUGCAUAAAUAUUCAGCAUGAACUUUAAUCUUAUAGAUUGACAGCAUCUUGAGUCUUAUUCACCACAGUCCUUGAAAACGAAGUGUAUAUAAAGAGGAUUUAGAUCUACUAUGCAGUGGAAUAAGUGUCAGUUAGAAUAUAAAAUUUAUAUAGAUUCAUUAAUAAAGCAUUUUAUAUAAACAUCGACUUGUUUUGGGGGUAUGAAAUUAACAGCUACAAGUACUUUGUCACAUUUACAACAGAACCAACUCAUGAUCCGAUCAGACAUUCCUAUGUUUGGUCAUUUUGACCACACUACUCAAUAAAUAAGGAAUCACGGGGUGAUUGUAAGACAGUGGAACUCAACUUCAGACAUGUGACACAUUGAUUACACCAAUUAGUAGCAAUUUACAUUAAAGUGAAGCUGUUAUUUAUCUUCUUUAUCUCAUUUGCACACCUGAGCAGUUGAGGGUUAAGGGCCUUGCUCAAGGGCUGAGCAGUGGCAGCUUGGCACUUCUGGGGUUUGAACUCAUGACCAUCCGAUCAGAAGUCCAACAGCUUAACCUCUGAGCUACCACUGCCCCAUUAUGCAAUUACUGUCAUUAAAAUUAAAAACAACAAAUCUCAGUUGUAUUUUUUUGUAAAAACCCACUUUUAUUUAUUUUCAUUGUAGAUCUCUGAGCAGCCAUAAAGACAGUAAUGACCCAAUUUGCUCUUAAACACUUAAUUAAAAAAAAAAAAAAAAAAAAAA